AUGACGGAACUGUUCGAGAAGCGGCAAUCGGAGUUCAUAUGGCUGUUGGUAAUGAAUGAUAGGGAGCCGGAUUUGGUGUUGCACGAUCUGCACAUUGAAUUCAACUCGAAUUUCUAUGUCGCUGUGCUAUCAGUUAAGGGUACACUCAGUAUACUGGAAGCUUACCGGGUGGGCAAGGGAUAUCCGCUGGUUACGAAGAAAUACUGCACAUGGCACGCCAGCAAACAACUUACUUGUGCAAACGAGACAAUCAGUAUGCGCCGGAAAGACUUGAUGGGAUACAACAUGAAGCUGGGGGUAGUUGAGGACUGGCCAGAUGUGACUUUCUUCAACAAGACACACUGCGGAGGUUAUGUGUGCGAAGUGUGGGAAGUUCUGUCGCAGAGAAUUAAUGUCACGUACAGUUUCGAAGGCAGCGCGAUCUACGGCAGCCGUCCUGUGAACGGCACUUGGGAAGGCCUUAUGGGGCAGCUGCAGCAGGGCCGCCUGGACAUCGGGUUGGCGCCCUUGAUGGUGACGGCGGAGCGCCGGAGUGCCGUGGACUUCUCGCUGCCUCUCGUCUCCUCACGCUUGGUCCUACUCCUUCGGGAGCCAAAGGAGGAGCUGAUGUGGGAUGAAUUUUUGCGACCCUUUGAUAGAUACCUCUGGCUCGGCACCAUCACGGUCAUAGUCCUCACUUGGGUCGUCCUCAGAGUUCAGAAGAGAUACAGGGGAGGUCUGAGGUAUCAUAACGAUUACAGCCAGACUUACAGUGAUGCUUUACACGUCGCAGGAAUAUUCUUCAUGCAAGGUUGUGGUGAGGGAGGAGACACAAAGUCGCGCUGCAGCGUGCGGUCGUCUCUGCUGGUGGCGUCGAUGUCUGCAAUGGUGGUGUACACCGCCUACUGCGGCGCCCUCACCGCCUCAUUGGCCGCCCAUCGGCUGAGGAUGCCCUUCACAGACCUGAAGGGCCUACUGCGGGACGGCUCCUACAAGCUGCUGCUGCUGUACGCCUCUGGAGAGAUGGCUAUGUUCGAUGUUAGUAUGGUCCCAAUAUAUGUUAUCCUCAAUCAUCUUCGUAUGGCCUAA